AGCAGUAGUCCUCUUCAGUCUUGUGCUGGAGACGCCAAACUGGCAACUGCGAGAAACUUUUGUGAGUUUUAUUUUGAAUACUUUUUUGCCUCUAUCGAAGAUGACCUAACCUGCAAACAAAAUGUGCUGGCCAGAGAUGAAGUAUUGAAAGACACCCCUCUACCUCCACGGCCUUCGUCAGCACUGCUCUUCAGAUGGGAGGCCACCAACUGCUUACCUGCGUUGCCAAAAUGCACUAUCUGCCUUACACCCUGGAAUAAAAUGGCCACUCCUGACCUUUUUCUAUACAUGAACAUCCCGGAGCAGAGCUGCUUGUUACCAUGGUGAUCAUUUCUUCCAAAACACUGGAAAAGAAGAAGAGUGUCAAUGAUGUAACAUCCAAGAGUAUCGAGAGUUGGCUGAGUGAGCUCCACACCAUGAGCAGAGGGACAACUCUUCUCUCCUGUGGAGCUGUGGAGUCAGAUAGAUGGCUGGACUCAGGGAAAAACUUUGCAAUCCAGCAGAGAGCUUCAUGUCAGGAGGAUUCCAGUCUGGAGAGCCUGUGGGAUGCGAUGCAUGAGCCAGGGAGCCAGCACUGGUCCAAUGAGGCAGGCAGCACCACCAUUACCAGUUUAAUAAGAGGUCUGAGUCUGGGCAAUAGUGGCAUGAUCAGCGCCCACAAGACGUCCACCACUUCGCAAUAUACCACUACAGCCACAGGCCAAACUCCUGCAGCCCCACCAAGUAAACGCCAGUGUCGCUCCCUCUCAUUCUCUGAUGAAUUUGGGGGGUUCCGCUCAUCUUGGAGGCCCCAAGGCUCCAGAGUGUGGAUGGCAGUGGAGAAACGUAGGUGCUACAGUGGAGGAAGCGUCAGAGGAGGAGGGUGCCACUUUCCCGCCAUGCAGCGUAGUUCCAGCUUCAGUUUGCCCUCCCGCUCCAGCCUCCCUUCAGAUGGAAUCCUGGACCUGCCGUUCUUCAACCAGCAGCUGCCGCCCCAUCCACAAUUCACUGCCUCUCCAGUCUCCCCCACUUCGCCUUCUUCACACCACCGUCACCACUCCUUUAGUCACAUUUCUCUCAGGCCUCUAUCCUUAUCCCAGGAGCAAAUCAGCCUGACAGAGCUUCAGAGUGAAGAAAUGUCAGAGACCAGCUCUCCAGACUCCACCCCUGAGUUGGGGAGGCGAGUUGGAAAGGGAGCAGCAGGGAAGGGAUGUCUGAGUCGGAGCAGGUCCCAGCCCUGCGUGCUUAAUGACAGAAAGAUUGGUAUGAAGCGCAGAAGACCAGAGGAUGCCCAGGAGCAGCGUCCCUCCCUGGACUUGGCAAAGAUGACUCAGAAGCUGCAGACGUUUCAGAGUUUAAGUUGCCCUGGGUUCAUGUUGGCUGACAGCUGCCAAUCAAGCCUGCCCCCACCCUCCUUUGACGGCGUCGGCCAAUCUGAGUCAGACUUCACAGCCGUGUCAGAACUGGGGUUAAAGGCGUGCCAAGAUGCAGCGGGAGAUGACGAGGAAGAGGAUUCAUCGUACGAGGAGCUGGACAGCGACUCUGCUUGUAGCGUGGACUCACGCCCCGCUUCUCCUGUUUGCAUUGUGGACAGUAAGCACGCCCUGUGGAAGGGUGACUGCGGGAUCCAGAGAGACAUUUUUCAGCUGGGAGGAGAGCUGGAUCUUGAACAGAUUGAAAGAAACUGAAAAUUUUGCUGAAGAUAGAAAAAGCAGUUUGAGUAAUUUUAUAGAAAAGUUACAUUUGAUGUACCAAGAAGUGACAGUUGGCAUGGAUUGCGAGAAGAAGAAAAAAAAGACCAAUUUUGCGGGGGGAAAACUGUUGGAAGGACUAGAAAGUGUAUUUGUAAUGACACUUUUGGCCUGAACAUUCUUAAAGUUUAAAUCACAAUAGAUGUGGCCUUAGUCGUUUUUAUGUGUUGGCUAUUUGGUUUAACUCAGGAGUGGAACAUUGAGGGUCAGUCUUAAAACGUAUCUAAGCUCUCACUGGCUUUUCUACUUGUGGAACUUUCCUAAGUCUAUUCACUUUAGGUCUGUAGGUUUGUAGCAGUAGCUGAGCUCUCCUGUAUCUAGCUUCUCUUUGAAAAUGGAGCAUUGAUGAAACCGGGACGAGCAAAGAAACGUUGUGAAAGACUUAGCUGCGCCUUCUCCUCCUCAACCUUUGUGCGCACAUGCAAAUGUUUUUGUUUGAAUGUAGGCUCAAAAAGCUUUAUGGAGAGUUCAGAACAUGAAAAAAAGUGCCUUUGUUUGGAAGCUUCUUUUACCAGCUCUCUUCAAGAAAAACUUGCCACACUUAAAGCCACCUUCUCUGGCAUAUGUGUGCAAGUUGUUUGAAUUAAAACACUGAAUCUCAACCUUUGACUUCUAACAGCAGCAUGUAUUUUUCUACGUAUCUGUAUUUUUUCUUAAAUGAGCUGUUUGUGAAGGAGUAACAUUAUAUGGGUUUUCUUGUAACGGAAUGGACUUGAAAUAAAUUUGCAACCCACACUCACA